AUGAAAUUCUAUAUUAUUGCAUUUCUGAUAUUUGCUUCAUUUGGAGUAGAUAUUGAUAAGAAUACAUUUUCAAAUUAUAAAGAAGUGAAGAUGUAACAUUUACAUAUUGAAUGGUUAUUAAAUUUAAGAUCUAAGAUAAUUGAUGGAUCAGCUGAAUAUACAUUCAAAGUGACAACAGCAGAAUUGAAAGAAGUAUUAAAUUUACAAUUAUGAGGUUCAUUUGGAUAUAUAUUAAAUGGAAAUUAAGUAUGCAUAUUAUCCAAAUGUUGGGAAAGUAUUGGAUUGGCAUGUAGAAUCAGAUCCAAAAUAAAGUUUAGUUUAGGGAGACAAACUCAUAAUCAAAUUAGGAUAAUCAUACAAAUAUGGAGAUAUCUUUUAAUUAAGAAUAAAAUAUCAAAUAGGAGAAGCAGCAAGAGCUUUGAGUUUUAUGAGCAUUGAAUAAACUGAUGAUAAAAGUAUUAGUUCAUAUAUAUGAAAUAGAGGCUCCUUAUUUGUUUUCUUAAUGUGAGGCCAAUAAUUGCAGAUCUAUGAUACCAUUAUAGGAUACUCCAAGCAUUAAAUUUACUUAUUCAGCAACUGUACUUACUUAAGAUUCUUAAAUUAAUGUAUUUAUGAGUGGACUUCCUGUUAAAAAUAAUAAAUUUGCAUUGAUGGAAUAAUAUAAUAUGAAUGGAAUUGCAAAGAUAUUUUAAUUUGAAUUAAAUAUAAAAAUUCCUGCUUAUUUAAUUGCUAUUGUAGCUGGUACAGUAUAAGAAAAAGCAACUAGUUAAAGAACAUCUGUAAUAUCUGAAGCCAAGAAUAUAGAUAUUUAUCAAAAGGAAUUAGAAGAUUUAGAUAAAUAUGUUAAAUAUUUAGAAGACUAUAUUGGUGAAUAUAAAUGGGGUUUUUAUAAAAUAGUCAUAUUACCAGCCUCAUUUCCAUUUGGAGGUAUGGAAAAUCCAUUAUUAACAUUUGCAAAUCCAUCAAUUAUAGUUGGAGAUAAGAGUGGUGUUAGUGUUGCUAUUCAUGAAAUAGCUCAUUCAUGGUUUGGUAAUACUGUUACUUGUAAUAAUUGGUCUAAUAUGUGGAUUAAUGAAGGAUUCUGUGUUUUUUUGGAAAGAAAAGGAUUAUUACAAUUAUUUGGAGAAAUAGAUUAUGUAUAUGUUAAUUCUUAAGUUGGUACAAAAGAAAUGAAUGCUUUGAUUAAAGAAUUCAAUUCUAGUACUGAUCCUGUUAUAAAAUCUUAUGCUAGUUUACAUCCAAUAACUGAAGAUCAUAAUGCAGAUGAUAGUUUUAGUGUAAUAUAUAUAUAUAAUUAAAUUAGACUAUUCCAUAUGAAAGAGGAUAUUAAUUACUUUUCUAUUUAGAAUCAGUAAUUUCAGAAAUCAAAUUUUAAUAAUUAUUAAAAGAUUGGCUUAGAUAAAAUGAAUAUUAAAGUGCUGAUGAAAAUGAUUUUUAUAAUUUUAUGAUUGUCUGGAUUAAAUCAAAUUUUACAAUUGAAUAAUUUCUAGCAAUCAAAUAAUAAAUUGAUACUGUUUAUACUAAAUGGAUAUAUGAUACAGGUAUAUCUUUUCAAUUAUUAUUUUAGGUUCUCCUCCUGUAAAAUUAGGUUUUAUUAAUGAUGCUUCAACAUAAGCAACAGAUUUGGCAGAAGAUUGGCUUUCAUCAAGACCUGGAGAAUAACCUUAAGGUUUUGAAAUAUUUAAUCAAUUCAAAUCAAACCAAAAAUAAUUAUUUUUGUCUUAUAUGCAAGAAAAAUACACUAAUUUAAAUACUAUAACAAUGAAAUAAUUAGAUUUAAGUUAUAAUCUUAGUGAUAAUAAAGAUGCAGAAUUAUUAUUUAGAUGGUAUACAUUAUCUAUUUAAACCAAAUAUGCUACAACUAACACUAAUCUUAAUAAAAUUAGAACAUUUGUUGGUAAAAUUGGUAGAAUGAAAAUGAUCAACCCUAUUUAUAAAGCCUUAGAUAAGUAUUUUAUUAUCCAAAUUUUAGGAAUACUGCACAAACUUGGUAUGAUGAAAAUAAAAAUUUUUAUCAUCCUUUAGCAAAAUAAUCAAUUGAAAAUAUUAUCAAAAGUAAAAGCCAAUAUGUAAAUGUUGAAUUAUUAUGA